AUGAACGCACUUCUAUUGAGUGAUAAUGAUAAAGCAAAGAUGUUGCAUGCACUUGGCCCCCUUAUUCAGAGAUUGGAACAAAGAAAAUCUGUCAGAAUCCAAUGCUUUAAUCAAUCUCUGACAUUGAGUUCAAUUUUACAAAGUUUGAGUAGUUUAAUUGUUCGAUAUGUAUUUGAAGAAAAGUCAGUUGGACUUCUCCGAAACCUCAAUGUCAGUCUAGUUGGAAAAACCAUCUCUAAUGAAUUUGAAAAAUCUAGGUGGGAAAAUAUUAAGAAUGAAAUUCUUGAGGAUACUUAUUGGAAAGGAACGAUAGCAACAUUAAUUAGAGUUUGGUUAUUGUGCGAUCAUUGUUGUCGAUCCAUCAAUGCUGCCCUCAAUAUUGAUCCAAUUUCAAGUAUUUCAGAGCAAGACGAAAUGCCAACAACUUUUGAAUUGAGACAAGCAGUGAGAAACAACUUUUCGGAUGGAUUAAACCCAUAUUUUCAAGAUAAGGGAUUUUCUAUUCAAGACCUCAAUCAAAUGUUAAACACCCUUGAUCAAUUACAAAAUUAUUUAUCCAACCCUGUUAUUUGAAAAUACGUGUUUGUUAUUUUUCAUUGUUGUAAAAAAUCUAAACUGCUAAAAUAAAAAAAGUGAAACCUUCAUCG